UCCUUAGAGCUCUGUCCCUGGAUCCAGCUCGGCUCUCUCAGGCCGGUGCUGAAGGCUCUGCUGAGUCAGCCUCACCUGGCAGCUCUGUUUACAUGGACCCAAAUGAGCAUUCACAGGCCACGCUGCCCUCCACGCCCGGUGCAGACCCUUCUAAGCCUGGUCUUACCGGCUGAUCCAUUGUCAACCAAAGCUCAUUAAGCCCGUCUCAUCUGUCCCGGAGCCUACCGAGCCCUUCCCGGAACCCUCUGGGCGAGCUCUGCAUCCGCGUGGGAGCGGGUGACCCAACUCCCCACAUCUCUUCGCUGCUCUUCAACUGACUUCCACAGUUCAGACCCCGCGGAGAGGGUGGGAAAUGAGAGCCCAGCCGUAGACUGCAACCUGCUGUCUGUAGAGAUGGACAGCAGGCAGCAGCGCCCCCAAAGGAAGACGCUGCAGUGGCAGCUCGCUCAAGAGCAAAGGCAACAGUCUCCCCCACAGAGGCUUUCAGAGGCCUCCAGCCAACCAGACACCAAAAGCAAGCCUCAGGAGGACCUUCAGACCCAAGACUGGGUGUGUGAGCCUCAGGAGCACAAGCGCCCAGGUAGCCGCUGGAAUGUCAGCAUCGAUGAGCGCAGGCGUCUGGCCAUGCUGCGUAAGCAGGAGAGAACAAACACGGCCAGGGCCCCAUCCAGAGACCUGCCAGGCCUGCAUCCCGAGGGCCAUGCUGAAACCUCCCCACUGACCCAGUCUGUCCCAACCCCUCCCCUCCAGGCCUAUGAAAAUAUGGUUGGUCCCAUGCAGGACAUCACACAGACGGUGGCGGAGUUGAUGUCUGAGGGUAUAGAGAGAGACGUACUCAUCUCUCACCCUCUAAGAUCUUCAGAGUACUCCAGUGCCUUCCAGGACUUCUUGGCCCGGAAUACGUCCCUUUGGAAGAAUGAGAAUUUUGAGGUCCAGACCUCAAAGUUGCCCCACUCCUAAGAAGGAGCUCGGCUCAGCC